AUGAAGGGGAUCACACCGUCUAGCGCCCCGUCACGGCGCUCCUCACCCCGCAAUCAACGUCUUCACGCGCAGCAUGGCUACCUCUCAGGCAACUACGCCCCCGUGGAGAAGGAGUCGCCUCUAACACCCUGCCGUAUCGUCUCUGGCACGAUCCCCGCGGAGCUCGCCGGCGGCCAGUACGUGCGCAAUGGGGGCAACCCAAUGGCCAACGCCAACCUCGAGCGCGAAAGCCACUGGUUCGACGGCGACGGAAUGCUGCAUGGCAUCUUCUUUGGCGUCAGCGAGGGAAACCAGAUUGCACCCUCUUAUGUCAAUCGAUACGUUGUCACAGACGUCCUGGCCGGGACGAGCAGCAACGCCACAAGACCUAUCCUCCCGUCCAUUUCCACCCUCUCCUCGCCGUACGUCUCCCUCCUCACCAUGCUCUAUGAGAUUCUCCGCUCUCUCGUGCUCUGCCUCUCCACUUGGAUCCCUUGGACUUGGUCAUUAGCAAGAGGCAAAGGGACUGAGCGUGUCAGCCGCAUCUCUGUGGCCAACACGAGCGUCUAUGCGCACGACAGCAAGGUCCUCGCUGGCUGCGAGUCUGGUCCCCCUAUGCAGAUUAUACUUCCCACCCUGGAUACAGCCGGAUGGUGGACGGGUGACGAAGGUCGCUCAUGGGCCAAAGGACUCGGACCAAUGAAGAUCUUCCACGAGAUGACGACGGCGCACCCGCACACGGACAUGUCAAACAACGAGCUGUUGCUCUACCACUCUUCCUUCAUCGCGCCUUAUCUGCGCAUCUCGGUCAUUCCGCCUCGUCGCUCUCGUCAGGAGGCCGUCAUUGAUGCUGUGGUGCCGGGUAUGAAGGAGGGGAAGCUCAUGCACGACUUUGCUGCAUCAAGGACCAGGACGGUGGUGCUGGACUUGCCACUCAGCCUUGACCCACGCAACCUGCUCAAGGGCAAGCCCAUCGUACACUUUGACGACAAGGCGCCGGUGCGAUUUGGCAUCUUCCCGCGGAGGGAGCCGGGAAGGGUCAAGUGGUACGAAGAUCCGACGCCAGCUUGCAUCUACCACACCGCCAACUGCUGGGAUGAGGAGCAGGAACAGCAAGCAGAGAAGGAUGGAGCACAGAGCAAUGGUCAAGCGAUCAACUUCCUCGCUUGCCGUCUCAACUCGGCCACACUCGUAUACUCUGCAGGCAACGUCGUACCACCCGCAUCAGCUCGUGCACCGCACGGCGAAGUCGAGCGCUGCGAGCUCUACUACUGGCGCUUCGAGGACGCUCCUCCCGAACCCUCUACUGGACCGCGCAUCUCGCACUCCUUCCCCCUCUCCCGCGUCCCCUUCGAAUUCCCCACAAUCAAUCUCUACCACGCGCCUGCGGCCGGACUAGGCCCCAAUCGCUUCAUCUACGGCUGCUCGAUGCGCGAAGGGUCCUUCGAUGCAGGCAUGGGCCGCAACUCGGCCAAGAUUGACUGUCUGGUGAAGAUGGACGCGCAGAGCCUCGUCAAGAAGGGCAGACGACGUGCGGCUGAAGGAAAGUUGCGCAAGGGGGAGGCUGUUGAUGAGCGGAGCAUGGUACAGGUGCUUGCGGAUCAGCAGACCCAGCAGGGUGGGAGUGAUGACUCCGACAUUCGCGUCUUCGAGCUUCCCUCUGGAUGGUACGCUCAGGAGACUAGCUUUGUGCCCCGCGCCAACGCCGAGCGAGAAGACGAUGGUUACCUCCUCUUCUUUGCCUUUGACGAAAAGACAGGGCUCGACACGCGAACAGGCAUGGCUUUGCCUGAUGCCAAGUCAGAGUUGUGGAUCCUCGAUGCCCGUGACAUGAAGACGAUCGUGGCUCGCAUCAUGUGUGCGCAGCGCGUGCCGUAUGGGCUUCACGGCAAGUGGUUCACGGCGAAGGAGGUGAGGGAUGUGGAGCAUCCGCCGGAGGAGAUGAUCAGGUACCGCACUCUGGGAGGGAAUGAAGAGGGAUUCAGGGAAGGAGAGGGAAAGCUGGGACUGGGUGUGCUCAGGAGCUGGUUGCAGAGCAUGGUGCCGUAGGUAUGCUGCGCGGCGAUGCUUACCGCGGACACGUCGUGUUUUUGUUCUUUUCAUUCUGUCGUUGGACGCAUUUUGCAAAAGCCAUUGAUACCCUGGCAGGAAGGUGCGAAGGACAAUGCCAAUCCCACUCAUUUAGACUAGACCAGACCAGAC